AUGGCAGCCCGAGGCGCAAGCUCCGAGACUCAAGGUUUUCUGGAAGUCCCGACUUUGCGCCAGACCCCGGGGACCCGCCUGCAGGCCUCAGGUUCUAUGGAGUUCGAAGAGGAGGAGGAGGAAGAGGAGGAAGCGGAGGCUAGGAGAGCCCGGAGUUUCGCUCAAGACCCGCGAGUGCGCUUCCUCCAAGGCCACCUGGAGCAGAUGCUGGGACUCCGGGAGGAGAAUUGGAACCAGUAUUUGGCGAGUGAGGAAAAUCGGCAGGUUCUUGGGGAAUUUUUGGAGAGCAUCAGCCCUGUCUGCCUUGUGUUCAGCGUCGCCACCACUGGGCGGCUCGCGGUCUCCCGGGAGAUUCCAAGAGAUGCAAAACAUAAAGUUGUUUAUAUUGCUAAGAAGAUUACUGAAAGCAUUGCAGUAAAUGAUUUAUCUCGAACGCUUUUAUUUGGAGAAUUACCUGCAUCAUCUCUUAGGCAUAUAACUGCUUUCCUAGAUGAGAUAUUAGUGCCUAUUCUUUCUAAUAAGACCAACCAUAAAUCCUGGUCGUGCUUUACUUCACAAGAUAUGGAACAUCAUGUAGAAGUCAUGAAAAAUAAGAUGCAUAUUUUUAGAGGCAAAAUGUCUAGAAGAACUCUUCUACCAAUUCCCACUAUUGCAGAAAACAUUGACCUGGAUCAGAAUUAUUCAGAGACCAAGCUGCAGUCAAAUGAGAGGAGAAUACUUCAUGCAGUUGAAUCUGUGGUUAUUAAUUGGUCACAUCAAAUCCAAGAAAUUGUAGAAAAAGAUUCUAUGCAGCCUUUGCUGAGUGGUCUUCAUCUCACUCCUCAAAGUGAGCUGGAUUUCUGGACGAUGAGGAGAGAGAAUCUAUCAUGCACUUAUAAUCAACUUAAGGCUCCUGUUGUUCUCAAGAUGGUCAAGAUUCUGAAAACCAAAAAAAGCAGCUAUUUUUCUACUUUGAAGGACAUUUUCAUGACUGUGGAAAAUGCUCUUCUUGAAGCUCAGGACAUAGAACUUUAUCUGAGCCCUCUGAGAAGACACAUUGAACGUCUCCAGGAAACAGAAUUCCCACAGAUCCACCAGCUAGUCGCCCCAUUAUUUCAUACCAUCUGUCUCAUUUGGAGUCAUUCCAAGUUUUACAGCACCCCUGCUCGGAUUAUAGUCUUAUUGCAAGAGUUUUGUAAUCUCUUCAUUGAACAGGCAAUAGCUUAUCUUUCACCUGAGGACCUCUUGAAAGGAGAAAUCGAAGACUCCUUGGAAAAGGUGCAGGUUGCCAUUAACAUCUUAAAGAGUUUCAGACAUUCUUUUUUCAACUAUAGAAAACGAUUGACAAGCUAUUUCAUGGGAAAUAAAGAUGUGAGAACUUGGGAUUUCCCAUCUCAUCUGGUGUUUUGCAGAUUUGACAAGUUCCUUGACCGUUUAAUGAAAAUAGAGGAUGUAUUUGUCACCAUGUUGGAAUUUGAAAAGCUGGAAAGACUGGAAUUUGGCGGUAUCAGGGGAACAAUUUUAAAUGAGCAAAUCUGCAAGAUGAGUGAAGAAUUUAUAGAACUCUGUAAAGUCUUUAAACACAGCUCUUAUGACCCGUCUGAUUGCAACAACAUGGAGUUUGAACAUGAUUAUGCUGCAUUUAAAUCCCAAACUUUGGAUUUUGACAGAAGGCUCGGGACAGUUGUUUGUGAAGGUUUUUGUAAUUGCAAUGGUUUGGAAGCUGCGUUUAAGCUUUUGACUAUAUUUGGGAAUUUUCUAGAGAAACCAGUUGUCAUGGAAAUUUUCAGCCCACAUUACAGCACACUCAUGAACAUGUUGAAUACAGAGUUGGAUAUGUGUAAGCAGUUAUAUAAUGAACACAUGGAACAGAUUGAACAUGGUUGUGUAGUUCUUAACAAGAAUAUGCCAUUUACUUCUGGAAAUAUCAAAUGGGCCAGAGAGAUCCUUGAUCGUCUUCAAAUGUUUUGGUCAAACUUUUCGUCUCUCCAUUAUCUAUUCUCGGACAAUCCUGAUGAAGCUGCAGUUUAUCAGAAGUAUGUCGAAAUGACCACUUUACUAGACCAAUUUGAAAAUCAUAUCUAUAAUAAAUGGAAAGCUAAUGUGGAUGAAAUCUGUGAAUUCAAUUUGAAUCAACCCUUGGUUAAAUUCAGUGCCAUAAAUGGUCUUCUUAGUGUCAACUUUGACCCAAAGCUGGUAGCUGUGUUGAGAGAGGUGAAAUACCUUUUGAUGAUGAAAAAAUCGGACAUACCAUAUUCAGCGCUUGCCAUCUUCCAAAAAAGGAACACUAUUUUAAAGUACAUUGGAAACCUUGAACUUCUUGUACAAGGGUAUAAUAAGCUGAAGCAGACUCUUCUAGAAGUUGAGUACCCUCUGAUUGAAGAAGAGCUGGGGGCUAUUGAUGAGCAACUGGAGGCAGCCGUGACGUGGCUGACAUGGCAGCAUGACUGCUGGGGCUACGUGGAGAAGGUGCAGGCAUCCACUGCGGAGCUGGAGCGCAGGGUUGAACACACACAGAACAACCUGCAGGUGAUACAGCAGAUGAUGAGGGCCUGGGCUGAGUGUCCACUGCUGCCCAGGAGGGAGCACAGAAAAGAGGCUGCCUUGACUUUGGAGGACAAGGGCGAUCUGUUUGCUAAAAAAUACAAGUUAAUCCAAGAAGAUGGCUGCAAGAUACACAACUUGGUAGAGGAAAACAGGAAGCUCUUCAAAGUUGAUCCUUCUCUGGAUACCUGGAAAAUCUAUGUAGAAUUCAUCGAUGACAUGGUGGUGGAAGGCUUUUUCCAGGCAAUAAUGUGUGACUUAGACUUCUUUCUGACAAAUACCGAGAAACAACCAAAACCUGCACCGUUUUUCCAAGUACAAAUGAUCUUAACACCCCCUGAGAUUGUGUUUAAACCUUCUUUGGAGAGAGAGGCUGGGGAUGGCUUCUAUGAUCUCGUAGAAGAAAUGCUGUGCAACAGUUUUAGAAUGUCUGCCCAGAUGGAGCGAGUAGCAGCACAUCUGGAAAUCACCAAUUAUCAGAAUGACAUGGAUAAUAUGUUAGGCCUGGCAGAGGUCAGGCGGGAGAUAAUGAAUAGAGUGGCAGACGUCAUCAGCAAAGUCUUGGAUUUCAGAAACUCCCUGGAGACCUAUGCAUACCUCUGGGUGGAUGACCGAGCUGAAUUUAUGAAGCAUUUUCUCCAGUAUGGUCAUACUGCAGUAUCCGAGGAAAUGGAUGCUCAUGCCAAUGAAGAAAUCCCCGAACAACCACCAACUCUUGAACAAUUCAAAGAACAGAUUGAUAUUUAUGAAGCUUUGUAUGUUCAGAUGAGCAAGUUUGAUGACUUCAGAGUGUUUAAUAGUUGGUUCAAGGUGGACAUGAGACCUUUCAAAGUGAGCUUACUAAAUGUGAUUAAGAAGUGGAGCUGGAUGUUUCAGGAGCAUCUUUUGAGAUUUGUCAUUGACAGUCUGAAUGAGCUGCAAGGAUUCAUGAAGGUGACAGAUGGCGGACUUCAGAGACAACUGAGUGAAGGUGAUCACGAGGGGUUAGUUGACAUCAUGGGCCACCUUCUGGCUGUAAGAAGCCGGCAGAGAGCCACUGAUGAACUCUUCGAACCUCUGAAAGAAACCAUUACACUCCUGGAAAGCUAUGGCCAGAAGAUGCCAGAACAAGUCUAUGUUCAGCUGGAGGAAUUACCUGAAAGAUGGCAAAUAACCAAAAAGAUCGCAGCAACAGUCAGACAUGAAGUCUCACCUCUCCAAAAUGCAGAGGUCACUCUGAUACGGAAGAAAUGUAUUUUGUUUGAUGAAAAGCAGGCAGAGUUCAGAGAGAGAUUCCAAAGCUACGCCCCUCUUGGCUUUAAUGCUGAAAAUCCAUACACAGUGCUUGAUCAGGCAAAUCAGGAGCUUGAGGCCUUAGAAGAAGAAAUGAUGCAGAUGCAAGAUUCUGCUCGUCUUUUCGAAGUGGCUCUUCCAGAGUACAGACAAAUGAAGCAGUGUCGCAAAGAAAUAAAAUUGCUCAAGGGACUCUGGGAUGUCAUUAUUUAUGUUAGAAGAAGCAUUGAUAAUUGGACUAAAACCCAGUGGAGACAGAUUAAUGUGGAACAGAUGGAUGUAGAGCUCAGAAGGUUUGCCAAGGAAAUUUGGUCCCUGGACAAGGCGGUCCGCGUCUGGGAGGCAUAUGCAGGCUUGGAAGGUGCUGUAAAGGACAUGACAACCUCCCUGAGAGCUGUCGCAGAGUUACAGAGCCCUGCCCUCAGGGACAGGCAUUGGCACCAGCUGAUGAAGGCCAUUGGGGUUAACUUUUCAAUAAAUGAAGCCACAACACUGGCGGAUCUGCUUGCAUUGCAAUUGCACAGAGUGGAAGAUGAUGUCCGAAGCAUUGUGGACAAAGCUGUGAAGGAACUGGGGACCGAGAAGGUUAUUACUGAAAUUAGCCAGACCUGGGCAACUAUGGAGUUUUCUUAUGAAGUUCACUAUCGAACAAGCAUUCCAUUACUGAAGUCUGACGAACAACUUUUUGAAACUCUAGAGCACAACCAGGUUCAGUUGCAGACUCUCCUUCAAAGCAAGUAUGUGGAAUAUUUCAUUGAGCAAGUCUUAAGCUGGCAAAAUAAAUUAAACAUACUAGACUCUGUCAUCUUUACUUGGAUGGAAGUCCAGCGAACUUGGUCACACUUGGAAUGCAUUUUUGUCUGUUCAGAAGAUAUUCGAAUCCAGCUUGUGGAAGACGCCAGAAGAUUUGAUGGGGUAGAUGCUGAAUUUAAGGAGUUAAUGUUGGAGACAGCCAAGAUAAAAAAUGUCUUAGAAGCAGCCUGUAGACCUCUUCUCUAUGAAAAACUUAAGGAUUUACAGUACAGGCUUUCUCUUUGUGAAAAAGCUCUUGCUGAAUACUUGGAAACCAAGCGUGUAGCUUUUCCUCGCUUCUAUUUCAUCUCCUCCGCUGACUUACUUGACAUUCUCUCAAAGGGAGCUCAGCCUAAACAGGUAACACGUCACCUUGCCAAACUGUUUGACAGCAUCACAGAUCUGCAGUUUGAAGAUAAUCAGGAUGCAUCUGCUUACAGAGCAGUUGGGAUGUACAGCAAAGAAAAGGAGUAUGUUCCGUUCCAAGCCAAGUGUGAAUGCAUAGGCCAUGUGGAAACUUGGCUUCUGCAGCUUGAACAGACCAUGCAAGAGACGGUGCGCCAGUCUAUCACCGAAGCCAUAGUGGCCUACGAGGAAACACCCCGGGAACUGUGGAUUUUCGAUUUCCCAGCUCAGGUUGCACUGACCAGCUCACAAAUAUGGUGGACCACAGAUGUUGGAAUAGCCUUCAGUAGGCUGGAGGAAGGCUAUGAAACAGCCCUGAAGGAUUUCCAUAAAAAACAGAUAUCUCAAUUGAAUACACUGAUUACACUUUUGCUGGGAGAACUUCCACCUGGAGACAGGCAGAAGAUCAUGACGAUUUGUACUAUAGAUGUGCAUGCCAGAGAUGUGGUAGCAAAACUUAUUUCUCAGAAGGUCGUCAGUCCCCAGGCUUUUGCUUGGCUAUCUCAGCUUCGUCACCAGUGGGAGGACACCCAGAAACACUGCAUUGUUAAUAUCUGUGAUGCCCAGUUCCAGUACUUCUAUGAAUACUUAGGAAAUAGUCCUCGACUGGUGAUCACUCCUCUAACUGACAGGUGUUAUAUUACUCUAACUCAGUCACUUCAUCUAACCAUGAGCGGGGCUCCAUCUGGCCCAGCGGGUACAGGGAAAACGGAAACCACCAAAGAUCUUGGACGUGCCCUUGGCAUGAUGGUUUAUGUAUUCAACUGUUCAGAGCAAAUGGACUACAAAUCCAUAGGAAAUGUCUACAAGGGGUUGGUGCAGACAGGAGCGUGGGGCUGCUUUGAUGAGUUCAAUCGCAUUGCUGUGGAGGUCCUGUCCGUGGUGGCAGUGCAAGUGAAAAUGAUCCACGAUGCCAUCAGAAACAGGAAACAGAGAUUUGUAUUUCUUGGAGAAGCUAUCACACUGAAGCCAUCAGUUGGAAUAUUUAUUACUAUGAACCCAGGAUAUGCUGGUCGAACAGAAUUACCAGAAAAUCUCAAAGCUCUUUUCAGACCCUGUGCCAUGGUGGCCCCUGACAUCGAGCUGAUCUGUGAAAUCAUGUUAGUUGCUGAAGGUUUUGUGGACGCACGCUCAUUAGCCCGAAAGUUCAUUUCAUUGUACAUGCUCUGCAAGGAGCUCCUGUCCAAGCAGGAUCAUUAUGAUUGGGGACUUCGUGCUAUUAAAUCUGUCUUGGUUGUAGCUGGCUCCCUGAAACGAGGAGAUAAAAAUAGACCUGAAGAUCAGGUACUUAUGCGAGCACUGAGGGACUUCAAUAUGCCUAAAGUAGUGACCGAUGAUGUCCCGGUGUUUCUGGGCCUGAUCGGGGACCUUUUUCCAGCCCUGGAGGUGCCCCGGAGAAGAAAGCCACACUUUGAGCAGAUGGUCAGGCAGUCCACCCUGGAGCUUCGCCUGCAGCCAGAGGAGAGCUUCAUCCUCAAAGUAAUCCAGCUUGAGGAACUGUUGACCUUGCGGCAUUCUGUCUUUGUGGUUGGAAACGCAGGCACAGGAAAGAGUAAGAUUUUGAGAACACUGAACCGAACAUAUGUCAACAUGAAACAGAAACCCGUUUGGAAUGACUUAAACCCUAAAGCUGUGACAACAGAUGAACUCUUUGGUUUCAUACAUCAUGCUACCCGAGAAUGGAAAGAUGGCAAGUAUGUUUACCCUUACUUUAUAGGUCUCUUCUCAUUCAUUCUGCGAGAACAAGCAAAUCUCAUGCAUGAUGAUCCAAAGUGGAUAGUCCUGGAUGGAGAUAUUGACCCCACGUGGAUUGAAUCACUAAAUACGGUCAUGGAUGAUAACAAAGUGCUGACCCUAGCCAGCAAUGAGCGGGUGGCCCUCACUCCCUCCAUGAGGCUUCUGUUUGAGAUACAUCACUUGAGGACAGCAACCCCAGCAACUGUCUCUAGAGCUGGUAUUCUAUAUGUGAACCCACAAGAUUUGGGCUGGAAUCCGUAUGUGGCCAGUUGGAUAGACAGAAGGCAGCAUCAAUCAGAAAAGGCCAAUUUAACUAUUCUUUUUGAUAAAUAUGUUCCGGCAUGCUUGGAUAAGCUGAGAACAAGCUUUAAAACCAUCACCUCAAUUCCAGAGAAUAGCCUGGUGCAGACCAUUUGCACUCUUUUGGAGUGUUUGUUGACUCCUGAAAAUGUACCUUUGGAUAGCCCAAAAGAAGUUUAUGAAGUCUAUUUUGUCUUUGCUUGUAUCUGGGCUUUUGGAGGCACCCUGCUUCGAGAUCAGCUUUCUGACUAUCCAGCCAACUUCAGCCGGUGGUGGCACAAAGAGAUGAAAGCAGUGAAGUUUCCAUCCCAGGAGACAAUCUUUGAUUAUUAUCUGGACCACAAAACUAAGAAAUUUUUGCCUUGGGCUGACAAAAUCCCCCAGUUUACCAUGGAUCCAGAUGUACCUCUGCAGGUGGUUCUGGUUCACACAUCAGAGACAACCCGUCUUAGGUAUUUCAUUGAGUUGCUGCUCAAGAAAGGAAAACCACUCAUGCUGGUUGGAAAUGCUGGAGUGGGAAAAACGGUCUUUAUGAGUGGAACACUGGCGAGCCUCUCUGAGGAAUUCCUAGUAUCCCGCGUGGUGUUCAACUACUACACGUCGUCUGCAGCCCUGCAGAGAAUUCUUGAGAAACCUCUAGAGAAAAAAGCUGGUCGUAACUAUGGUCCAGGAGGAAAUAAAAAAUUGGUUUAUUUCCUUGAUGAUAUGAACAUGCCUGAAGUGGACUUAUACGGCACUGUUCAGCCGCAUGCUCUGAUUCGACAGCAUAUUGAUUAUGGACAUUGGUAUGAUAGACAAAAGGUGAUGCUUAAAGAAAUCCACCACUGCCAGUAUGUUGCCUGCAUGAAUCCCACUGUGGGCAGCUUCACCAUCAAUCCAAGGCUGCAGAGACAUUUCACAGUAUUUGCAUUCAACUUUCCAUCUUUGGAUGCUCUAAACACCAUCUAUGGGCAAAUCUUCAGUUUCCAUUUCCAGCACCAAGAAUUUGGCCCAUCAGUUUUCAGAAGUGGCCCUUCUUUGAUCCAGGCGACAAUAGCGUUCCAUCAGAUGAUGAUGCAAACCUUUUUACCCACAGCUAUAAAAUUCCACUACAUUUUUAAUCUGAGAGACCUAUCAAACAUCUUCCAGGGAAUUUUGUUUGCUUCUCCUGAGUGUUUAAAAGUUCCAAAUGACUUAAUGCACCUGUGGCUCCAUGAAUCUUCCCGUGUUUAUGGAGACAAACUGACAGACACAAAAGAUAGUGAUUUGUUUCAGAAAAAAUUGCUGGAAACUGCUUAUAAAUAUUUUGAAGGUGUCAACAGUCACGUGCUGCUCCAACAACCCCUUGUUUAUUGCCACUUUGCUCAUGGUGGGAGAGACCCAUGUUACAUGCCAGUAAAGGACUGGGAAGUGCUCAAGAUGAUUCUCCUGGAAACAUUAGACAACUACAAUGAGCUGAAUGCCGCCAUGCACCUGGUUUUAUUUGAAGAUGCCAUGCAACAUGUAUGUCGAAUCAGCCGAAUCCUGAGAACCCCUCGGGGAUACGCCCUUUUAAUUGGAGUUGGGGGCAGUGGCAAGCAGAGCCUGUCCAGGCUGGCAGCUUACAUUUGUAGCCUCGAGGUCUUUCAGAUCACUCUGACAGAAGGGUAUGGGAUCCAAGAACUUCGGGUAGAUCUUGCCAAUUUGUACAUCAGAACCGGAGCCAAGAACAUGCCCACUGUGUUCCUGCUGACAGAUGCCCACGUUCUAGAUGAGAGCUUUCUCGUGCUGAUUAAUGACUUGCUGGCAUCAGGAGAAAUCCCAGAUCUGUUCAGUGAUGAAGAUGCGGACAAGAUAGUUUCUGGAAUUCGUAAUGAAGUUCGUGGUCUGGGCAUAGUGGACUCCAGGGAAAACUGUUGGAAAUUCUUUUUGGCCAGGGUCCAACUACAGCUCAAAAUCAUUUUGUGUUUCUCUCCUGUUGGUCACACGCUGAGAGUGAGAGCUCGGAAGUUCCCAGCCAUAGUCAACUGCACUGCUAUUGACUGGUUUCACGCGUGGCCAAAAGAGGCUCUGGUCUCCGUCAGCAGGAGGUUCAUUGAGGACAUUGAGGGGAUUGAGCCACUGUACAAGGAUUGCAUCAGCCUCUUCAUGGCACAUGUUCACACCAGUGUAAAUGAAAUGAGCACCAGGUAUUACCAGAAUGAGAGAAGACACAACUAUACCACCCCAAAGAGUUUUCUAGAACAAAUAUCACUCUUUAAGAACCUACUAAAGAAGAAACAAAAAGAAGUUUUCCAGAAGAAAGAGCACUUGGUGAAUGGCAUCCAGAAGCUAAAAACCACUGCCUCUCAGGUGGGAGAUCUGAAAGCCAGACUUGCCUCUCAAGAAGCCGAGUUACAGCUGAGAAAUCAGGAUGCUGAAGCUCUGAUCACAAAGAUCGGGCUUCAGACGGAGAAAGUGAGCCGGGAAAAGGCCAUCGCGGACACCGAGGAGCGAAAGGUGGCAGCCAUUCAGACGGAAGUGUCCCAGAAGCAGAGGGAAUGUGAGGCCGACUUGCUAAAGGCUGAGCCAGCCCUGGUGGCUGCCACAGCUGCACUCAAUACGCUCAACAGGAUCAACCUCACUGAGCUGAAAACCUUUCCCAACCCACCAAAUGCAGUUACCAAUGUCACUGCAGCUGUGAUGGUCCUCCUGGCUCCCCGGGGUAGAGUGCCGAAAGACCGAAGUUGGAAAGCAGCUAAAAUUUUCAUGGGAAAGGUUGAUGAUUUUUUGCAAGCGUUAAUUAACUAUGACAAAGAACACAUUCCAGAGAACUGCCUCAAAGUGGUGAAUGAACAGUAUUUGAAAGACCCAGAGUUCAAUCCAAACCUGAUUCAGACCAAAUCUUUUGCAGCAGCUGGUCUCUGUGCCUGGGUUAUCAACAUCAUUAAAUUCUAUGAGGUCUAUUGUGAUGUCGAACCAAAACGCCAAGCAUUAGCCCAAGCAAACUUAGAACUGGCGGCAGCUACUGAAAAACUUGAGGCCAUCAGGAAAAAGCUUGUGGAUCUGGAUCAAAAUCUGAGCAAACUCACGGCUUCAUUUGAAAAAGCAAUAGCAGAGAAAGUCCGAUGUCAAGAAGAGGUGAACCAAACCAACAAAACCAUUGAACUAGCCAACAGACUUGUCAAGGAACUUGAGUCAGAGAAGAUUCGCUGGGGUCAGAAUAUUAAGUCCUUUGAAGCUCAAGAGAAGACGCUGUGUGGAGACGUCCUCCUUACCGCAGCAUUUGUGUCUUACGUGGGGCCCUUCACCAAACAGUAUCGUCAGGAACUGGUGCACUGCAAGUGGGUCCCAUUUCUUCAACAGAAGGUUUCCAUCCCGAUAACGGAAGGCCUGGAUGUGAUUGCCAUGUUGACGGAUGAUGCUACAAUUGCUGCAUGGAAUAAUGAAGGACUGCCCAAUGACAGAAUGUCAACCGAAAACGCCACCAUCCUAACACACUGCGAGCGCUGGCCCCUGAUGAUAGAUCCCCAGCAACAGGGAAUUAAAUGGAUAAAGAAUAAGUAUGGAGCUGACCUGAAAGUCACACAUUUAGGCCAGAAAGGGUUUUUGAAUGCCAUUGAGACUGCAUUGGCCUUUGGUGACAUCAUCUUAGUGGAAAACCUUGAGGAAACAAUAGAUCCAGUCCUUGACCCCCUGCUUGGCAGGAACACAAUUAAAAAAGGAAAGUAUAUAAGGAUUGGAGAUAAGGAAUGUGAAUUCAACAAGAACUUUCGCCUUAUCCUUCACACAAAACUGGCAAAUCCUCACCAUAAGCCAGAAUUACAAGCUCAGACAACCCUCCUCAAUUUCACAGUUACAGAAGAUGGUCUUGAAGCCCAGCUGCUGGCAGAGGUAGUCAGUAUUGAAAGGCCAGAUUUGGAAAAACUCAAGUUGGUUUUGACAAAGCACCAAAAUGACUUUAAGAUUGAGCUGAAGCACCUGGAGGAUGACCUCCUCCUACGCCUUUCGGCAGCAGAGGGAAGCUUCCUAGAUGACACCAACCUGGUGGAGAGGCUGGAGACUACAAAGGCCACCGCAGCAGAGAUAGAGCACAAGGUGAUUGAAGCCAAAGAAAAUGAAAGAAAAAUCAAUGAGGCCCGAGAAUGUUACAGACCAGUUGCAGCAAGAGCAUCCCUUCUUUAUUUUGUUAUUAAUGAUCUCAGAAAAAUCAACCCUAUCUAUCAAUUCUCUUUGAAGGCUUUCAACAUGCUGUUCCACAGAGCAAUUGAACAGGCUGACAAGGUGGAGGACCCGCAGGGGCGCAUCUCUGUCCUGAUGGAGAGCAUCACCCACACCAUCUUCCUCUACACCAGCCAGGCGCUGUUCGAGAAGGACAAGCUCACCUUCCUAUCCCACAUGGCUUUUCAGAUUUUGUUGAGAAAGAAAGAGGUCGACCCCCUUGAACUGGAUUUUCUGCUCCGCUUUCCAGUUGAACACACCUGUCUAAGUCCCCUCGACUUUCUAACGACUCAGUCAUGGAGUGCUAUUAAGGCACUUGCCCUUAUGGAAGAAUUUCGAGGCAUAGACAGAGAUGUGGAAGGAUCUUCCAAGCAGUGGAGAAAGUGGGUUGAAUCUGAGUGUCCAGAAAAAGAAAAGUUACCACAAGAAUGGAAGAAGAAAAGUUGGAUACAGAAACUGAUUAUUUUAAGAGCAGUGCGCCCGGACAGGAUGACAUACGCUCUCAGAAAUUUUGUGGAGGAAAAAUUGGGUGCAAAGUAUGUGGAGAGGACCAGAUUGGAUUUAGGAAAAGCAUUUGAAGAAAGCAGCCCAGCCACGCCAGUAUUCUUCAUCCUGUCUCCAGGGGUGGAUGCCCUUAAAGACCUUGAGGUGCUUGGCAAAAGACUUGGGUUUACAAUUGACUCAGGAAAAUUCCACAAUGUGUCUUUAGGACAAGGUCAAGAGACCGUGGCUGAAAUGGCACUGCAGAAAGCUUCCAGAGGAGGACACUGGGUCAUGCUCCAAAAUGUCCAUUUGGUAGCAAAAUGGUUAGGAACCUUGGAGAAACUUCUUGAAAGAUACAGCCAUGGAAGCCAUGAAGAUUACAGGGUGUUCAUGAGUGCUGAGUCUGCCCGUACACCCGAUGAGCACAUCAUCCCUCAAGGACUUCUGGAAAAUUCCAUUAAGAUCACCAAUGAGCCUCCCACAGGAAUGCUAGCCAAUUUGCAUGCUGCUCUGUACAACUUUGAUCCGGAUACACUUGAGAUGUGCUCCAAGGAACAGGAGUUUAAAAGCAUCCUCUUUUCUUUGUGCUACUUCCAUGCCUGUGUUGCUGGAAGACUGAGGUUUGGUCCCCAAGGCUGGAGCCGGAGUUAUCCUUUCAACCCUGGAGACCUCACCAUCUGUGCCAAUGUCCUGUACAACUACUUGGAGGCAAAUCCCAAUGUCCCGUGGGAAGACCUCCGUUACCUCUUUGGUGAGAUCAUGUACGGGGGCCACAUCACAGAUGACUGGGAUCGCAAACUGUGUCGGGUGUAUUUAGAAGAAUUCAUGAAUCCAUCUCUGAUUGAAGAUGAACUUAUGCUGGCACCAGGAUUUGCUGCCCCACCCUACCUAGAUUAUUCGGGGUACCACCAGUACAUAGAGGAGGCACUGCCUCCAGAAAGCCCGACCCUAUACGGCCUCCACCCAAAUGCUGAAAUAGAAUUCCUGACAGUGACAUCCAGCGCUCUCUUCCGAACUCUGCUGGAGAUGCAGCCCAGGAACUUGAUCAGCAGUGAGGAACUCGGCCAAUCCAUGGAAGAAAAGGUUAAGAAUGUCUUGGACGACAUUUUGGAGAAACUUCCAGAAGAGUUCAACAUGGCAGAGAUAAUGCAGAAAAACUCAAAUAGAAGUCCCUACGUUCUUGUUUGCUUCCAAGAAUGUGAGAGGAUGAAUAUUCUCAUUCGAGAAAUCCGAGCGUCACUUCAACAAUUAGACCUUGGUUUGAAGGGGGAGCUGACGUUGUCUCCUGAUGUGGAAGCCCAGCAGCUUGCAUUGAGUUAUGAUAUAGUCCCAGACACUUGGAGCAAACUGGCUUACCCAUCUACUUACGGCCUAGCGCAGUGGUUUAAUGACUUUCUUCUGCGCUGCCGAGAGCUUGACAUGUGGACCCAAGACCUAGCCCUUCCAGCCGUCGUGUGGCUCUCUGGCUUCUUUAAUCCUCAGUCCUUCUUAACUGCAAUUAUGCAGACUAUGGCUCGAAAAAAUGAGUGGCCACUGGACAGAAUGUGCUUGACUGUUGAUGUCACCAAAAAAACAAAGGAAGAUUACAGCCAUCCCCCAAGGGAAGGUGCAUACCUCCACGGGCUCCUCAUGGAAGGUGCCCGAUGGGACCCCCAGUCAGGAACCAUUGUUGAAGCUCGCCUCAAGGAGUUGAAGUCCAUGAUGCCUGUCAUCUUUGCCAAAGCCAUACCCGUGGACAGACAAGAAACCAAACACACUUACGCGUGCCCUGUGUACAAAACCAAAACCAGAGGUCCCACCUACGUCUGGACUUUCAGAUUAAAAAGCAAAGAGAAGACGGCUAAAUGGGUGUUGGCAGGUGUGGCUCUGUUGCUAGAAGCGUAAGACGGUCCUUGCACUGGGACUU